AUGCUCAACAAAUCCAAUGCUGUCCCUGCUUUCUGUGAUCAAGAGCCUGGUGCUCCACCUCCCUUCCCUCCUAUGCUCACAGACCAGCUUGAACUAUUUGGCAGCACUCACCACUCAACUAUGCUCGUUGCCGACGAGAUUCUUCCUUCCAGAAUCAGUACUGUUGUUCCGCCCACUCAGCAUAUUAAGCACCCGCAACUCAAGGACACGCUGGCGCCUGAGUUCAAACUUGCAGUACAGCCAUUCAAGAAUGACCACUCUUCCUCGCCAUACUCAAAGAAAUUGUUUGAGUGUUCACAUUCCCAUUCUCAAACGCCCAUACCCUCAGAUUCAUUGGAUUCAUUAGAUUCAGUGUCAGACAGUGGCUCCUCAACUUCGACUGAGAGUCUAUCAGAAGAUUCAAAGAUACCCAAGCCCCCUGGUGAACCUGGUUGUCCAGGGCGUGGAGGAUACACACUCCACGAGGCUUUAGACUGGAACCCAAAGGCGUAUGCUAAGUUCAAGAAAUCUAUGCACCACCUCAUUGAAGAACAUCUUGAUACGACCAAGUGUGCUUCUUCCCAAAACUAUACGCUCCUGAAAAUUGUGCGCGACAAGGCUGUCGAUGCUUUCCCGGACUUAGAAAACUACAGUGGCUUCUGGCCACUGAAUGAUAUGAUCAUGAUGCAUUUGAAAUAUACAUCGGGUCGUGCUAGGCAGAAGGAAGCAAAGAUGGCUGCGGGCAAGACCAGGACCACGAAAAAUUCAUCGAAAGUGAGGAUAAUCCUACUACGAAGCUCAUAA